GGACACAGCUAACGGAGAGCAGAGUGGUUGAAGUCUGGAAUAUACUUCGCUUGUGUUUUGACGCAGCUCAACUCGACAAACGGUUUUGGACGGUGGGAUUUUAAGCGAGUUCUACGACGGAUUUUUUUUUGGAAGAUAUAAACUAUUAUUAAAAAAGGAGGAUUUGAUUAGAAACGAACGGAACGCUCUGGGGAAAAGACACGUCGCGCCUUGUUUACUUUCUUGCUUCUACAUUUAAAGUGUUUCUCCCAUUGCCCCCCAUUAUUAUUUAUUUUUUUCCCCAAAAUAGUAACGUUAUGAGUCUAUAAACGCCUUGAAAAUAUAUUUUUUUUGCGUCUUUUAGUCCUGAUGUUUUGAGGAUGAGUGCUUGAAAACUUUCUAGCCCCUCGAAACUAUAUGAAUAUUUCGCUGUUUAUGGAUUUUUGGAGCUUUUAUAAUGUCGUCCCCUGAAGUGCAAUGGCAUUAAAGGAGUUGUUUGGAUCGAGAACUUCUACUUCAACAUAAACAACCAGGUCUGCGGAGGACAGUCACGCCCUGGAAAAUGUGAAAGCCUGAUUAAAGAGACGUCCACCACAUCAGUCGUGCAGCAAUAGCAAUGGAGAGGAGCAAGCGGAACUCCAUUGCCGGGUUCCCCAGGCGGCCCGAUCGGCUGGAGGACCUGGACGGAGGUGUGUUCGAAGCAGAGACAGGCCCCGCCCAACUGGACAGGUUGUGUCCUUCUUCCUACCGUGCCCUCAUCAGUGCCUUCUCCUGCCUGACACGCCUCGACGAUUUCAUAUGCGAACGCAUCGGCUCCGGCUUCUUCUCAGAGGUCUACAAGGUGCGUCACAGAGCCUCAGACCAGGUGAUGGCUCUGAAGAUGAACAAGCUGAGCAGUAACCGAGCCAACAUGCUGCGAGAAGUGCAACUUAUGAACAGACUCUCGCAUCCCAACAUCCUCAGGUUCAUGGGGGUUUGCGUGCAGGAAGGUCAGCUUCAUGCCCUCACAGAGUACAUCAAUGGUGGGAACUUGGAGCAGCUGCUGGACAGCAACAAGUACCUGAGCUGGACCACACGGGUCAAACUGGCGUCAGACAUCGCCAUGGGUCUGGCCUACCUGCACUCCAAGGGCAUCUUUCACAGAGACCUCACCUCCAAGAACUGCCUGAUAAAAUCAGAUGAAAACGGUUACACCGCCAUCGUCGGAGAUUUCGGCCUCGCAGAAAAAAUCCCCAGUCAUGAGGUCGACGGUGAGAAGCUGGCGGUUGUGGGUUCUCCGUUCUGGAUGGCUCCGGAGGUUCUGCGAGACGAACCAUACAACGAGAAGGCCGACGUCUUCUCCUACGGCAUCAUCCUGUGUGAGAUCAUCGCCAGGAUACAGGCCGAUCCCGACUACCUGCCUCGCACCGAGAACUUCGGCUUGGAUUAUCAUGCGUUCCAGCACAUGGUUGGAGACUGUCCUCCUGACUUCCUGCAGCUCGCCUUCAACUGCUGCAACAUGGACCCAAAACUCAGGCCGUCAUUCCCGGAUAUCGUUAAGAGGCUGGAGGACAUCCAGCGGCGGCUGAAGGCUGAAGAUGGAGAAAGGGAGAGGAUCCAUAUACCAGCCGAGAUUGAGAAAAAGAGCAUCCCUAAAGGUGAAAAAUUCCAGGGUAUAAAGCGGCUGAACCCUCUGGGUUUACAGGAUGAUAAGAUCCCGCCCAAGUCUCCUCGUCCACGACGCAACAUCUGGCUCUCUCGCAGCCAGUCGGAUAUCUUUUCGCGCAAACCAGGCCGCAAGGUCAACGUCCAGGACCCUUACUACAACCCCGGACCACGAGGAAUCCCCAAGGUCAACCCUUUCAGUGCCCGCGAGGACCUCAAGGGCGGUAAGAUUAAGUUCUUUGACAUGCCCAGCAAGUCGGUGUUCUCGCUCAUGUUCGACUUGCACUCGCCGCGAGGCAGCAUGAGCUCGUACCAGCCUCAGAGCAACGCCGGCAGCUCGUGGCCCGAACUGUGGCAGCUGCCAGGACGGCAGUGCCACUCUCUGCCCGUGUCUCCGCAGCAGGCGCUGUCCGAAGCCUUUGGCGCGGCCAGAAGCGAGGGCGGAGACGUCCGGCCAAAAGCGCUCAGCGGCUGGGCGAAGAAAUACGCCGUGCCCGAGAUCCCGCCAUACAGACCCCGAGAACCUUCCACAGUGAAGGCGGAGUCGGACGAGAGCUCGGCCGAGACCGACGAAGCCAUGGACUGCUCGAAUAGCAGAGGCAGCUUCAUAAACGACGACGACGACAAGGAGCGGAACCAGCUGCCUAACGGAAACGGAGAGGACAUGGAAGCCGAGGAUGAAGAGAACGCGUCCAGUUUGUUCUCCCUAACCGGCAGGAACCCGCUCCCUCUGAGCGCGCCUGCCGAACCCCAGGAACUGCGUUCCAUCGUUCUGGCACCCUGCCGCGCGUCCGCGUCACCCGACCUCCUGUCCCGAUGCGACAUCUGAGGAGUUAUAGC